AUGGAAUUUUUAGAAUUUCUCGACCGUUACUUAAAACAUUUUCCUGAAGCAACACCUGAACAAGUUAACAAAGCCUUUCAAAUUAGCAAGUCAAAUGAAUUUGACAAGAAGCAAAAAUUAAACCCGUUGUUUGAGAGCAUUUAUAAUAUAGUAAAGAGCCAGAAGGACCAACUUCUUGAAAUGCAACAAGACCAACAAAAAAAUAAUGUUAUUGAACAUAAUGAAGAGCUUGCGGUGAUUGAAAAGAAAAUACUUUAUGUGAGAAAAUCAUAUAAGAAUCUUUAUGAUCAACUGAAAAAGAAAUCAGGUUGCGGUUUAAAGAAAUUCCUUAUCACCGGUACAUCGGGUAUCGGAAAAUCAUGUUUCCUAGUUUACGUCUUAAUGCAACUUUUAUGCGAAGAUGUCGUUGUAAUUUUUCAGCCUCUCGACGCCUGUGGAACAUAUAAUGAUUUCGAAUUUUUACUCAAUUUAACUACAACUUGGUACCUUGCAGAUGGUAAAACAUCCCCAGAAUUAGUAUAUGAAACAACAGUUGUCUCCUUAUCACUAAAUGGAAUUGCAAAAAAAGACUUUCAAGAAUUUGAUAAGCGUCAUCCAAUUCAAUAUUAUAUGGAUCC